AUGGCGGACGAUGGAGAGUCUUUGGAGUCUUGGCUUAACAAAGCCACUAACCCUUCCAACAGACAGGAAGACUGGGAGUAUAUAAUGGGAUUCUGUGACCAAAUCAAUAAGGAGCUAGAAGGCCCACAAAUAUCCGUCAGACUGCUGGCUCACAAGGUUCAGUCCCCUCAGGAAUGGGAGGCGCUACAAGCAUUAACGGUUCUUGAGGCUUGUAUGAAGAACUGUGGGCGAAGGUUUCACAAUGAAGUGGGGAAAUUUAGGUUUUUAAAUGAAUUAAUUAAGGUGGUUUCACCCAAAUACCUAGGAGACAAAGUAUCGGAAAAGGUGAAGUCAAAAGUGAUUGAGAUGCUGUACAGUUGGACUAUGUCUCUACCAGAUGAGGCAAAGAUCGCCGAAGCAUAUCAGAUGCUGAAGUCUCAGGGUAUUGUUUUAGUUGACCCAGAAAUCUCUCUUGAUGCCACACUAAUACCAUCACAUUCUCCGCGACCCAAGAAUCCUGUGUUUGAUGACGAGAAGAAGACUAAGAGAUUGGCGGAGCUGCUGAAGAGCAAAAAGCCUGAAGAUCUGCAAGAGGCAAAUCGGCUCAUCAAGAACAUGGUGAAGGAGGACGAAGUGAGAACACAGAAAGUGACAAAGCAAAAAAGCACACUGGAGGCAGUCAACAACAGCGUCAAACUCCUUAACGAGAUGCUCGCUCACUUCAGCCCAGAAGACUCCACGGACGGAGACAAGGAGCUCAUUAGGGAGUUGUACGGUGAUUGUGACAAGCUUAGGCAAACUGUGUUUCAGCUCGCUACUGAGACUGAGGACAAUGACAGCAGCUUGGGGGACAUACUGCAGGCCAGUGAUGACCUCUCGCAUGUUAUUAAUGCUUACAAGAAGAUUGUGGAAGGACAGACCAUCAAUGGAGAGACUGAAGAAGCACAGCAAACACGAACACCAGUCAAACAAGGUACCGGCCACACAAACCAAUCCGAGAUUCUGAUUGACCUGGUGGGUCUGGAUGUCCAGAGCCCCUCUCCACCAGAACAACACCCCCCCUCAUCUUCUCUGUCUUUUCCUUCUGACCUGCUGUGUGGGUCUGCUGCCACUGACCCUCAGUCCCCGACCCACAGUGCACCCUCUGCAGCUCUCUCUCUGCUGGAUGAAGAGCUACUAUCCUUAGGCCUCAAUGAACCCGUUCCUGUUGGUCACAGUCAGGAUUUGCAUCUUUUUAACACUACUGCGCCUUCUGGUCCUACAUUUUCUACAUCUUCACUUUUUCCAGAUGCCCUCACUGCAACAAUAACCCCAACUAGCCCUACCAAGUCUUCUACAACUGCCUCUGCUUUAAGCUUCCCUGGCCCUGUCCUGUCAACACCUCCUGUUUUUACAGAAUCCGUCUCGACAACAUCAGUCAUAUUCCCACAGCCCCUCAGUUCAGUAUUAACUUCCGUGGCCCCGACUGCUCUUCCUCAGUCACUCAGCAUGACCUUGCCCGCUCCUUCAGCAACCCAGGUCACUCCUCAACAGGUCUCCACUUCACCUAGAGCUUCCCACUCUCCUUCAGCUUCUCUCAGUAACAAUCUACAAGACCUUGCCUUGCUGGAUCUGGGCAGUCCAAAAAAUACACCAGCUGUAAUGGACUUUGGCAGCUUGCUGGUAAAAAGUGAGGAGCGUCCAGCUACCGCGUCUUCCAGUCUUAGUGUCUCCUCGACCACAUCCACCUCACUGCUCUUAGCAGGGAUGCAAGGGGGCUCCACUCCUCCACCUUCUAAGAGUCAGGCAGAUGACAGCCCUGUGUUGCGCUCUCUGUCCCCUAUCCUCCCUCUGAGCCAGGCCAGUCCAGACAGGGGACAGGAAGUGUCCCUGGCCAAUGUCUUUGUUCCUUUGGAUGCUAUCAAGCCAAGUAAAGUGUGUCCUGUGACAGCAUAUGAUAAAGAUGGUGUCCGUGUUCUGCUGCAUUUUGCCAAGGAUUGUCCACCAGGCAGGCCUGAUGUACUGGUGAUAGUGGCGUCCAUGGUUAACACAGCCCCGCAACCUGUUAGGAGCAUUGUUCUGCAGGCAGCUGUACCCAAGACAAUGAAAGUGAAACUGCAGCCACCUUCAGGGACAGAGCUGACACCUUUUAAUCCAAUUCUCCCCCCUGCGGCCAUCACUCAGGUCAUGUUGCUUGCCAAUCCUCUCAAGGAGAAGGUUCGGAUGAGGUACAAACUGACAUUCACACUGGGAGAGCAGCCGGUCACAGAAGUGGGGGAGGUGAAUGAGUUCCCGCCUGCUGACAGAUGGGGUGCUCUAUAGCCAUGCCUAACCCUUUAGGAUGGCCAGACACUACAAGACUUCCUUAACAGUUUAGUUUGUCAGUGCAGCUCAGAAGUCAAAAGGGCAGUACUUGAAGACUUUUAGGGAAAAUUAGAAGAAUAUAAUAUAAACUUUAAUGAAGCUUGAAGGAGUUCUUCUGCUUGAGAUGUUCCCACUGAAGUAGCCAAAGUCCUGUAGCACACAUCCAACUUAAACUUUACUAUUGUGCCAGAUGUAGUCAACGUGGUACAAUAACAAAUGGUGUGAACUGGGUGAGCGUGAACGAUGGCUAAGUGGGGAAAAAAUAGUUAUCAUUAAUAGUUAUUAUUAAGUUGUUACUGUCAUUAUGCCCUUUUGCUCUCAUUUUAAUGCUGAUGUUUACUGCUCUCCCUCAGUCAUAUCAGAACUGAUACUUGCACUUUUGGAUGCCAGACUUAAUAUAGAGCAAAAACACACACUGAAGGAGAUUGUGAAGCCAGGUUCACAUGAACAUGUGACCACAACGUGCAUUUCACACGGUUUGCUGCUGACAAUGUAGGAUAACAAUAUUUUACGCCGAAGACAUUGGACUAAAGCAGACAAGAGCCCCUCUGUUGCUAAAUGAAAGGCACUCAUAGAUUGGCUUGUUAAAAAUUAGUUACUCUCAGUUCACUGCUUCCAAUAUCGCUCACAAUUACUACUGAACACUUUGACUUGUCUACUGGGUUCUGUACUAACUCAUAGCUCAGACUCUUGUUAUGCUUUGUAGUCUUUCAGUAUUUAUUGUUCUGAAUGUAUUAUUUAUUUUGGCUAGUGGAGGAACGUAUCAGAUCUGUUACUGUAUAACUAUGGAUUGCAAUCGACAACUGUAUUCCUUCUGCAUACUCUUCUUAUGAUGAACACUUUCAGUAUUGCAGUAAGAAAGGCACAAAUGAGUAGUGGCAAUGUUUUCAAAUAUUCAGACAGACAUUUUGUUAUAUGUUACAUUAUGUAGCAACAGUGGGGUAAACUCUGGAAAGUAUUUUAAUGUAGAAAAAAAAAGUAAAUCCUGCUAGAUACAACCACAGCUUUGUGACAGUUAGCCUAUAUACCUUGGAAGGCACAACAUGAACUAUUAAGGGCAAGAAUGGACUAUUUACAUUAAGUAGAUGUGCUUACAGAAGUGCAGACCAGCCGGUAAUUAACCCUUGGACACAGAAAGGCAUAUUGUUUGAAGUUAUUUAAAUGCCAUGGAGAUCUUUGCCCUUACUUCUGCUGUGGAAACCAAGCUAAGGAGCAGGUUAUUUUUACUGGGUCAGCUGUAAAUGUUUAGCUUGUGAGGGAGUUUCUUAUAUCAAACUAGGAAAAUGUUUCUUUUGAGUAAGCCUAGAGAAGAUAUAUCUGUAGUUAAAACUUGGUGGUGGUUAAUUCAAAGCAUUAGGCUUACCAUGUGUUCAUCUGUGUCUUCUUUAUUUUUGUCUUUUUGGGGCUGUCGUAGGAGUUUCUCCAUGUUUCUUAUAAAAUUAUUUAUUUGUCAUAGAUUGUUAAAUGAACAGGUCAUUACAUAUUUUUGGAAAAGCUAUUUCUGUGCAUGGAAAAAUAAAGAAUGAGAUGGGUCUA